AUGCUCAAUCUGUGGAAACAACUCCAUGACGGAGGAUUUCCGGUCAGCAACUCGACGAGAGAGUCCGCACAACGAAGAGACGGCCGAGAAAAGACAAUGGAAAGCGAAGAGAGGGCCGAGAGAAAUCGGAUCUUAUGGGCCGGAUUGUUUGAGUUAUUGGAAUUCGAUCCACUUAAAGGCUCAUCCCUGCCCAAAACAAGUGGAUUUAGCGCCCCCCCCCCUUGGCCAAGUUGGAUUAUUAGGGCGAACAAAGUGCGCUAAUAGCAAGAAGAUGAGCAAAGGGGGUUACGGUAGAGUUUUUUGGGGCUUAGCGAUGCUGUAUUUUUUGUAAAAGCUUGCUGAUAAUCAUAAAAAAUAAUCCGGUUUUUCUGUUACGUCGAAUUUUUGGCAAUCGGACGAAAUCGGAAAGGCCCAUUACUCUGAUUUCUGAUUUUUCCGAGGGCAUAAUUUUCCUUGUCUAACAAGGGAUUGGCGAAUAGUUGCAACCUGUUUCUUAACGAAAGCUAUAUCAUUUGAAAGAGCAUUAAAAAUAAUAGAUAGAGCAAAAAAAUUAGCUUCCUAAUUUCACUUUGGACAAAGUUAUAGCCAAAACACAGAUUUUAGAAUAACAUUGAUAACCCCUUUCAUAAAGCGGUCGUAUCUGUGCCGUAAGGUAAAUUAGGCAGCUAGUUUUUGUACACUAUUUUUAAUGCUCUUUCAAGUGAUAUAUGUUUCGUUUAUAAAACGGGUUGCACCUAUAAUAUUUGCCGAUUCUUUGUAAAAGAUUUGCUUUACUAACUGUAAGUUUACGCUUUGUUUCAGCGCAACUCCUUGCAAUGACGGCCAAAUUUGGGAUCGCCGACCUUUUGGAGGCCCCUGCAACAACCUCAUCCGCCAAAUCCACUGGCCCUAUAUGUCAGACCAUGUCGUUUUUCGAUGUGAUUUACCCGCGUUUGUCCAAUCAACGGGUCGACACGUUUGAUGAAAAAAAUGAGGCCAACGAUAUUAGUAAGCUACAAAAAACAGGCCCCAGUACAGUGGAUCAAAUAAAUGUGAAAAAUUUUUCAAUUUUCAGACAGUAUUUGCAAAGUGAUCUUCAAGCAGAUGAACAAAAACAAACGAACUCGCACUUCGUUUACGCAAUAUCAGCUGGAUGCCUUGGAAGAAGCGUUCAAAUUGAGUCACUAUGUGUCAAGUGUGGAGCGAAAAACUAUUGCAAACAAGUUGGGGCUCAAUGAAACACAAGUAGGAUUACUUUUCGGUUAAAUUUCAAGGUUUUCCUAAAGGCAAUAAGCGAUUUUUUUGAGGAAAAGUGUAAAAAAUUGGGUUUUUUCUAUUAAAAUAGCAAUUUUUCUCAAAAAAGCGGAUAAAAAUAAAAAUUGUGCGUUGUGUAGAAUGAAUAAAUACUAUAGUAAUUAUAUUUUUCAACGAUUAAAAAUACUAAAACUACAAUAAUUUGAAUUGAAAAACGCGAAAAAGGGAAUUGCAUUGGCCGGGAAUCGAACCCGGGUCGCCCGCGUGGCAGGCGAGCAUUCUACCACUGAACCACCAAUGCACACUUUCGAGUUCGCUAAACUUUUUAUCCCUUCGCUUUCAGGUCAAAGUCUGGUUUCAAAAUCGUCGAACCAAGCACAAAAAAGUGGAUUUCACGGAAAACGAGGAAAUCGCCGCGGGCGAAAAUAAUUAA